CCUGCGACAGACAGCUUUGUUUCCUCUAAAAGUUGUCGUCAACUGAUAAAACGGCGACUUUGCCAUAAAAUUAAAAAAGCCCUUUGAUUCCUCUCCUUGCUUCCGCGGCCCUCCUUCGCAACCUUGACCCUUGCAAAGGCAAACUGCUAAAUCAAAAUUAAAAUCAAAAUUAGGGUUAGGGUUCAUAAAAGAGGGGUAAAAUGGAGGGAUGGGAUCCAAACACUAAAUCCACAUUAACACAGAUCCCGCUACUGACAACCAAAGCCGGGCCAAGAGACGGAGCUGCAUGGACACAGAGGCUGAAAGAAGAGUACAAGGCUUUGAUCGCCUAUACUCAAAUGAACAAGUCCAACGACAAUGAUUGGUUCCGUAUCUCCGCAGCCAAUCCCGAGGGAACACGUUGGACCGGCAAGUGCUGGUAUGUACACAACCUCCUUAAAUACGAGUUUGAUCUCCAGUUCGAUAUACCGGUUACUUAUCCAUCUACUGCUCCGGAGAUCGAGUUGCCUGAGCUCGAUGGCAAGACCCAAAAGAUGUAUAGAGGAGGAAAGAUUUGCUUGACUGUUCAUUUCAAGCCACUUUGGGCCAAAAAUUGUCCUAGGUUUGGCAUAGCACAUGCGCUUUGCUUGGGUCUUGCUCCAUGGCUAGCAGCAGAGGUUCCAAUUCUGGUCGACUCUGGCAUGAUUAAGCACAAAGAUGAUGCUGCUUCAGCCAGUGAAUCAUAAUCAUGUUAUACAACAUCCUGGCUGUAAAAUGAUGCAGCAGUUUCAGAGUUGUUAGCCUGGUCAGAGAAAAUAAGCCUGAGGCAAAAGUGUGCCAUUAACAGGAUGUUUAUUUACAUACAAUUUAUCUGCAGUAACUAGAAACUAAAAAUAAGUUUCACAUAAAUGACAUUCAUAGUUUUGAAAUGCAGCCACAAUCUUUACAAUA